AUGAUUUUUCUCUUAGUUUCCUGCUAUUUUUUCUUUACAUAUUCCUUUUUUCUUUCUUUGGUUAAUUGCUGGCAGGAUUUUUUUUCUAUUCAAUACUUUUUCUUGGAUUUUCACUCCUUCCUAAUUCGUAUACAUUUUAUUAUUUUCACUUUCUACUUUUCUAUUAAUUCCAUUCCACAUUUAUUAAUUCCUUCUUUUCAUAAAUUAUUUUUAUUUCUCUUAUUUGUUUCCUCGUCCUUUCUUUCUUUUUUUGAUGCUGCCUACCUUUUCUUUCUAACUUUCUUUCUUUCUUUCCGAGUAGCUUUCUUUCCUUUUUUCUUUCUUUCUUUCUUUCUUUCUUUCCAACUUUUUUCUUUCUUUCCGAGUAGCUUUCUUUCCAACUUUUUCUUUCUUUCUUUUCUUUCCAACUUUCUUUCUUUCUUUCUUUCAACUUUCUUUCCAACUUUCUUUCUUUCUUUCCGAGUAGCUUUCUUUCCAACUUUCUUUCUUUCUUUCAGACUAGCUUUCUUUUUUUUCUUUCUUUCUUUCUUUCCGGGUUUCUUUCUUUCUUUUCUUUCUUUCUUUCCAACUUUCUUUCUUUCUUUUCUUUCUUUCUUUCUUUCUUUUCCGACUUUCUUUCUUUCUUUCUUUCUUUCUUUCUUUCCGGUAGCUUUCUUUCCAACUUUCUUUCUUUCUUUCUUUCCGAGUAGCUUUCUUUCCAACUUUCUUUCUUUCUUUCCGAGUUCCUUUCUUUCUUUCUUUCUUUUCUUUUUUUCUUUCUUUUUCUUUCUUUUUUCUUUCCAUAGCUUUCUUUCCAAGUUUCUUCUUUCUUCUUUCAUUCUUUCUUUCUUUCUUUCUUUUCCGAGUAGCUUUCUUUCCAAUUUUCUUUCUUUCUUUUUUCCAAUUAGCUUUCUUUCUUUCUUUCUUUCUUUCUUUCUUUCUUUCCUUUUUUCCAGCUUUCUUUCCAACUUUUUCUUUCCGAGUAGCUUUCUUUCCAACUUUUCUUUCUUUUCUUUCUUUUCCAGUAGCUUUCUUUCCAACUUUCUUUCUUUCUUUCUUUCUUUCUUUCUUUCUUUCCAACUUUCUUUCUUUCUUUCUUUCUUUCAGAGUAGCUUUCUUUCCAACUUUCUUUUUCUUUCUUUCUUUCCAGUAGCUUUUUUUCCAACUUUCUUUCUUUCUUUCUUUCCGAGUAGCUUUCUUUCUUUCUUUUUCUUUCUUUCCGAACUUUCUUUUUUCUUUCUUUCUUUCCGAGUAGCUUUCUUUCAACUUUCUUUCUUUCUUUCCAGUAGCUUUCUUUCCAACUUUCUUUCUUUCUUUCUUUCUUUCUUUCUUUUCCAACUUUCUUUCUUUCUUUUCUUUUUCCAGUUAGCUUUCUUUCCAAUUUCUUUCUUUCUUUCUUUCCAGGUAGCUUUCUUUCUUUCUUUCUUUCUUUCUUUCCAUAGCUUUCUUUCCAACUUUCUUUCUUUCUUUCUUUUUUUCUUUCCGAGUUUCUUUUCUUUCUUUCUUUCCAGUAGCUUUCUUUCUUUCUUUCUUUCUUUCCGACUUUCUUUCCAACUUUCUUUCUUUCUUUCUUUUCUUUCCAACUUUCUCUUUCUUUCUUUUCUUUCCAACUUUCUUUCUUUUUCUUUCCUUAGCUUUCUUUCCAACUUUCUUUUCUUUCUUUCUUUCCGAGUAGCUUUCUUUCCAACUUUCUUUUUCUUUCUUUUCUUUCCGAGUAGCUUUCUUUCUUUCUUUCUUUUUUCUUUCCAAGUCUUUCUUUUUUCUUUCUUUUUUCUUUUUUCUUUCUUUCUUCUUUCCAAUUUUUCUUUCUUUCUUUUUUUUCUUUUCUUUCUUUCCAACUUUCUUUUUUCUUUCUUUCAAAAAUUUCCAACUUUCUUUUUUUUCUUUUCAGUAGCUUUCUUUUUCUUUCUUUUUUCUUUCUUUCGAGUAGCUUUCUUUCUUUCUUUCUUUCUUUCUUUUUUUUUCUUUCUUUCUUUCUUUCCUCAAGUUCUUUCUUUCUUUUCUUUCCAAUUUCUUUCUUUCUUUCUUUUUCUUUCUUUCUUUCUUUCUUUCCAAGCUUUCUUUCCAACAAUUUCUUUCUUUCCAGUAGCUUUCUUUUCUUUCUUUCUUUCUUUCUUUCCGAGUAGCUUUUUUUUCUUUCUUUCUUUCUUUCUUUCCAUCUUUCUUUCUUUUCUUUCUUUCUUUCCAGUUUUUUCCAACUUUCUUUCUUUCUUUCCGAGUAGCUUUUUUCCAACUUUCUUUCUUUCUUUCUUUCUUUAUUUCUUUCUUUCCAAGCUUUCUUUCUUUCUUUCUUUCCGAGUAGCUUUCUUUCCAUGUUUUUUUUUCUUCUUUCUUUCCAAUUCUUUCUUUUCCAACUUUCUUUUUUCUUUCUUUUUUCUUUCAACAACUUUCUUUCUUUCCUUUUUUUUUUCUUUCUUUCUUUCUUUCCGACAGCUUUCUUUUCUUUCUUUCUUUCUUUCCAAGUUUUCUUUCUUUCUUUCUUUCUUUCUUUCUUUCCAUUUCCAAUUUCUUUUCUUUCUUUCUUUCCGAGUAGCUUUCUUUCCAACUUUCUUUCUUUCUUUCCAUAGCUUUCUUUCUUUCUUUCUUUCUUUCUUUCCGAGUAGCUUUCUUUCCAACUUUUUUCUUUCUUUCUUUCUUUCCAACUUUUCUUUUUUCUUUCCAAAUAGCUUUCUUUCCAACUUUCUUUCUUUCUUUCUUUCCAGCUUUCUUUCUUUCUUUUUCUUUCUUUCUUUCUUUCUUUCCGAGGUUUCUUUCCAACUUUCUUUCUUUUUUAUUUUUUCCGAUUUCUUUCUUUUUUUUUUUUCUUUCUUUUUUCCGAAUUUCUUUCCAACUUUUUUUCUUUCUUUCUUUCCUUUUCUUUUAAUUAUUCCUUCUCUUUCUUUCCAGUUAGUUUUUUUUCUUUGUUUUUUUUCUUUCUUUCUUUCCUUUCUUUCUUUCUUUCAAGUAACCUUUUUUUUAAAUUUCUUUCUUUCUUUCCAGUUUUUUUUUUCUUUCUUUCUUUCUUUUCUUUUCCUUCUUUUUAAUUUAAUUUUCAACUUUCUUUCUUUCUUUCUUUCCAAAAGCUUUUUUUCCAACUUUUCUUUCUUUCUUUCUUUAAAAAAAAUUUCUUUUCUUUCUUUCCGAGUAGCUUUCUUUCCAACUUUUCUUUCUUUCUUUUCUUUUCCGAGUUUCUUUCUUUUCCAACUUUUCUUUCUUUCUUUCCUUUCUUUCCAACUUUCUUUUUUCUUUCUUUCCAUAGCUUUUUUUUUCAACUUUCUUUCUUUCUUUCUUUCAAGUAGCUUUCUUUUUCUUUCUUUCUUUCUUUCCAGAAUUUUCUUUCAUUUUCUUUCUUUCUUUCCAGUAGCUUUCUUUUCCAACUUUCUUUCUUUCUUUUUUAAAAAUCUUUCUUUCUUUUUUUCUUUCUUUCUUUCUUUCUUUCUUUUCUUUCUUUCUUUCUUUCCAACUAGCUUUCUUUUUUUUUCUUUUUCUUUCCCGAGUAGCUUUCUUUCCAACUUUCUUUCUUUCUUUCCGAAAAUUUCUAUCUAUCUAUCAAUCUAUCUAUCUUUCGUGUUUCUUUCUUUAAAUAUCUAUCUCUAUCUAUCUAUCUAUCUAUCUAUCUAUCUAUCUAUCUUUAUCCAAAUGUCUCAGAAUAUACGAGUGGGCGGCAUCCAGGAGGAUAGACUAAACAAAGAUUCAAAGAAUCGGCGCGUACGAUCGAUUACAUAUGGCAGCAGGAGUGUGGUACCCACGAUGACCAGGGUCUUUAUUUAUUCUUUCUUUCUCGUUCUUAAUUUCUUUUUCUCCUUUCUUUCUUUAUUGCCACCAACUCCUUCAUUUUCUUUCUUUCUAUCUUUUUCGUUCUCUUUCUUAAUUACUUUUCCCUUUCUUUCUGUCUUUCUUUGCUUUUCUUUCUUUCUUUGCUUUUCUUUCUUUCUUUCUUUGCUUUUCUUUCUUUCUUUCUUUCUUUCUUUUUUCUUCUUUCUUUCUUUCUUUUUUCUUCUUUCUUUCUUUCUUUUUUCUUCUUUCUUUCUUCUCCUUUCUUUCUUUCUUCUCCUUUCUUCUCCUUUCUUUCUUUCUUUCUUCGCCUUUCUUUCUUUAUUUCCUUCUUCUUUUCCUUCGUUAUUUUUAAUUUCUUUUUCUACUUUACUUCUUGCUUUCUUGCCACUUUCUUUUUCCGUUUCUUUCUUUCUGUCAUUCUUUGCUUUUCUUUUCUUCUUUCUUUCUUUUUUCUUUCUUCUCCUUUCUUUCUUUCUUUCUUUCUUUCUUUGUGCAAUUUCUUAUUCAGUUUCUUAA